AUGGAAUCGAUUGGAGCAGUAAGACUCAAAAAGGAAUUGACAGAGAUUCAAGAGAACAAGUUUAGACUAUACGAGAUAAAAGAUGCUGGAAAAACUGAUCCCAAUACAUGGUUGGUGUUGCUAAAACCGAAUCGUUCACCGUAUAACAUCUGUGAUUAUCAAGUGCAAUUUCGAUUUCCCAAGGAAUACCCAUUCAAGGCACCAAACAUCAAAUUUCUUACAAAAAUAUACCACCCAAACAUAAGUGAAAAAGGCGAUGUAUCACUCCCCAUUGCGAAUCCUGAAAACUGGAAGCCAUCAGUGAAAGUUGACCACGUACUUCCACCUUCAACAGGAAUAAACCAGAAUAUUCCAGUUUUGACUGCGUUGAUAGACCUAUUCAACUCACCACAACUUAGUUGCGUGCUUCGAAACGACCUUGCUGAACUCUAUAUGAAAGAUCCUGAUGCAUAUGCCAAAAACGCAACAGAAUUCGGCAAACACUAUUCCACUAAUUAA